AUUCAUUCUUAUAAAUAAAUAAAUACUAUCUUUAUUUUUAAUUUCUUAGCUUUCUAAAAUUUCAUAUUCCUCAAAUCAACAAAAUUCAAAUGUCCACAAUCCCAGCCGGUAGUGUUGCAUGUUUAUUCAAUGCUUUAUUAAAUAUGCGUAGUUCAACUGAUCAUAAUGCUGAUCAUGGUGUAAAAAACUCUCUUUUAAAUUUUACCAACUCAAAAGAAACAGGUAGAUUUGAUGGAUCAGAAUCUUGGUCUGCAUCAAUCAAUGAUGAUAAACAAUUCAUCGUUGCAGGAAGUUUAGUGGUAAGCGAUUUUGUUGCUAUUUCAACUCAAGGUCGUGGUGAUUUUGAUCAAUGGGUCACUUCAUAUAAAAUCACAUACUCAUAUGACAAUGUUACAUGGCAAAAUUAUAACAAUGGUCAAGUUUUCAAAGGAAAUACUGAUAGAAACACAGUAGUAACUCAUGUUUUCCCUCAACCAAUUCGUGCUAGAUCUAUUUGUAUCACCCCAGUCACAUGGAAUGCCCACAUUUCACUUCGUUGGGAACUUUAUAUCAAACCAGCAGUAAGUAACUUUGUACAAAUUGGUCACGUUUCAAUUGGUGAUAGAACUCUUAAUACUGGUAAUGGAGUUCGUGAAGCUGUUCGUCAUGUUGAUUUUGAUAGACCAUUUGGCAAAGUACCAAAGGUUGCUCUCGGAACCACCCAUGUUGAUGGUACAACUGAUAAUAAUCAAUUAAGAUAUCGUGUCGAUGUUGCCAAUGUUACAGCAACCGGCUUUGAUAUCAAAUUUGUUACAUGGGUUAAUAAUAUUAUAUAUGAUAUCACUGUUGACUAUGUUGCAGUUGAACAUUAAUUAUAAUGUUUAUAAAUCUAAUCAUAAUUAUUUCAAAUAAUAGAUUAAUAAAAAAUAAUUCUAAUUUAUUUU